AUGUCGUCUUUGGUUCACAACCAUCUUCGAAGGAAACGAGUUGGCCUAGUGCUCACCAAGAAAAAAAGGCUAAAACCGCUUUUUGUUGCGUUUGUGAAAUUGUGUCGGUACGUUUAUAACCACCUCAAUAUGCAUUUUAUAAUAUUCUCUCCCUAAACUGCAUCGCGUACAUAUAAAUGAUGUAUUACCUUUUAAUGGUUUGUUUGAUUUUAGGGAGACUGGAAUCGACUUAGUUGAGGUAAGAGGUUUUGUAAAGCAAGGGAAGCGGAUCGAUCGAGCAUUAAUCACGCUUUUGCUUUAAUACUUGCAUAGUGCAGGUAACGUUAAAAUAGUGUGAAGGUUAUUACUCGGGAGAUUGUUGUAAAUAAGACCGCUACCAUCAUCCAACAAAGUAAACGUUAAGUUACAUAGGGAAAAUUCUCUCACUCUUCAUUCGAUAUUUUUUAUUUACGUGAUUAUUUCGAAGCUUAUAUUGAUCAACUCGCCGUUGAUUUCAUCAGAGCUCAUGAGUAAAAUUUAUCGACCCUUGAAGGCGUCGAAAUAAAGCAGCAUGUUGUUUAUGCAAAUCGUAUUGACGCACUUGAUAUUCGAUUGGCAUAAUUCCCUUCCUAAGAGAAAUGCCCCUAGCUAGGAGGUCCAAUACUUCACUAAAAUGUUGAAACACUUUGGCUUGUUCGAUAGUAUAACAGCAAUUUUAAGUAAAGCUAUAUAUCCGUAGUCUCAUGGGUGUCUUCCAGGCAGGUUAAAAACUCCGACUCCGAGAAAGAAAUACAGAAGUUAGUUGUAAUUAAGUAGGGAACCUUAAGAGGUAUGUCAUUCAUACCGAAGAGCGCUUACUUUCAUAGAGAACUUUCGAUGAAAAAAACUCCUACAAAUGGAACUGGUAUAUUUACCGAAAAUAGGAACGGGAUUGAGUUGUAUCAUUUGCAAAAUACCGAUAAAGCUUUCGCUUUCUCUCGCGAGGAAGCCUGGCAUGGCACUGGUAUUAAAUUCACACAAUACGGCCGUUCCGGUAUUACCGUAAAAUCGAUGCCUCGGAAAAAAUUACCUUUUUCCCGUGCAGAAAAAUUUUCACCAGAAUGAACUCUUUCCACUUGAAUUCGUGCCGGAAUCAGGAGUCGAUCGUUACCGGGCUUUCAAUACAAAAGGUAUUAAAUUAAGCGCUCGAAGUUUCUAGCACACCCGUCUGAAGAAUGGACCGAUUUGCCUGAGUGGGUCGUCGGUGAACGCGUACAAGGGUUCUUUAAGAUCGUUUUUAAAAAUAUUUUGUAGUAAAAAACAAAAAUAUUUCUUUUCUCUUAAAUUAUAAAGAAUAUUUUUAGAUUUCUCCUCAGGGAGUUAUUUACAGGGCCAACCUCUCCUACACUUUUGUAAAUGCUUUCAAAAAGUUCUGUCUCAAGAGUCUGUUCAAGUAUUUAUUAGCAGUCUAAACGUGCAUGACGUAAGCGAUCUCGUGGCGUUCUCCUGAGUGUAGGACUGUUUCAUGUCAAGCCUGAAGUCAAGUAGUGUUUUAUACCAAUUUACUUUUCCCGCGCUUUUAUAAACAUGCUUUUGAAGUCACUCGAGGCAUUUCGGUGGUUGCUUGCGUGCAAAGGAAAUAGGAAACGUCUGCACGCAGACCAUUUCGGUGGCGGAUGCGCAAAGAGUAUCUGAAAUUCCAAAGGAUGGCAUAUACACAAUUAAUCUGGUAGCUAAAAGAUGAAACUUGCGCAACACUUUGCCUCUUUAAUAAUAACCACAAAAUACGUUCAGUAGUCAGUCAUUAGACAGUUUAACCUUCACGUAUACGGCAAACGGCAAACGACAGAUUCAAGUUGAGAAUUUGUUAAAAUAGAAAAUGAGCAGAUAAAAACCAGCUCAGAAAAUUCUUAUGGAUAACAAAUUAUGUGAAAAUACAUUCGACUCUCUCUUAACGGACACCUCUGUGAAACGGACACUUAGAGUUGGUCCCUGCCUUUCUUUACUCCCUUUAUUUGACUCUCUAUAAGACGGACACUUAGAGCCGGUCCCAAAGGUGUCCGUCUUAUAGAGAGUUGACUGUACUCAUUUGUGUGUAGAAAUAAUGGACAGUAGGCGACAAGCAAAGGGGAAACUUGGUCACGUGGUACAAAUCGCGUUUGCCGUUUGACGUAAACGUGAUGCUCAGCCUUCCUUCCUAUUGUUUUCUUUUCGUUCUCGCGGGAAUGGUGAGAUCACUGACAGUCUAGACUGUAGUCAGAAAAGACACAGAGCUGAGAAAGCGAACCAAGUAGAAAUGGUCUUAGAUCAAGUGGUCUCUGUUGGACUCACACUGCACUGCUAUGAGGAAACCGUUUCUGAAGAAAAAUUUGGAAUGGAAUUCGCGAUGUAGCUAGACUACGAGUAGUCCCCCAUUUUUCCUCAGGGAUAGGAGAGCGAGCUAAACGCGAGCGCGCAUGAAAAUCACCCCACGCGAGAAAAGGCGACACGCGGCGUGGGGUGAUUUUCACACGCGCUCGCGUUUCGCUCGCUCUACUAUCCCUGAGAAGAAAUGGGGGACUACUCGUAGUCUACAAUGUAGCUUGAACCUGCAGCCGUUUCAUUGACCCCAUGCCGAGUAGCAGAAGGGUUUUUCUUUGCUUUUUACUUAUAGUCUGUAAUAUCUGAUUUGUAAUAGAAUUAAUUUGGCACGCUCGCUGCGACUAGCGUUUUUAUGGCCAACUGCGUGCCAGGAAAUUAUACAAGCAAUGUUAUGAUAACAAAUGUCUUGUCUUGACUUUUUACCACAUUUCAUACAAACAAGCGUGAUACUGCCAGCGUUGUAGGAUCAAAAGAAACGCCUGUGUUACCUUAUUAAACAGUCAAAUAUUUAAUUAAUAAUGCAUUUUAAUAAAUGCAAAUAAUAGAAAUUUUAUGGAACGUUUUACGAAACGCAACAUGAAAAAUGCAUUACAUAUUUCGGUUUUAUCAGGUUGAGUUAGACAUACCGCUUGAGGAACAAGGUCCAUUUGAUCUGAUAAUACAGAAGGUACCAGAUUACCUGGGCAAGGCGGUUGGAAAAGAGCUGGGCAAAGACGAAGCUUUGCAAAUGUUGCAAGGAAUCAAGGUCAGUAAGGGAUGGUCAGUUAGAAAAGUUAUGGGGGAAGUGCGGAAUUUCAAAGCCCGUGAGUUUUCUAAUGGUCCAUCCCUAAUCUACAGCUAUAACUCCCAGUUAGACCUGAUAAAAGGAAUCUUCGCACAUUGUGUAAUCAACAGCGUCCGUAUGGACCACAUUAAAGCAUUGUGGGCGAAAAUUUAAUGAGUGAAAAAUAUUUUAGUGGGGAGGAGGGGGGGGUGGGCUAAGCACGUAGGGGAUAGGGAGGAAUGGAAAAAAGAAAGGGGUUGGGAUUGGGAUUGGGAUUCCCUUUCGCGCUUUUCUCCUUCCCCUCUCCCCCUCCCCUUUUUGCGCCUGCCAGGCAGGCUAAGAGAGUUUCGGAUGUCAACCCUAUGGCCUGAUCAUACUAGCUGUGAUUGAAACCCGGGGACCGACCAUUUCUCGAUAGUUUUAACGCCCUUUUAGGCCCAGACAGCUACUUUAUGAGUGCAGUGAUGUGAAUGAAUAAAUAAAUGAAUGUUAAAAAGGCGUUAAACUCUAUGGCAGCGUUAAAAUUUGGUACCCACACACGGUGCCCGACCACGGUACUCGCUGGAGACUGAUAUGAGCACACCCUUUUGUCAAGUACCCACGCUCAGAAUUCGGGCACAAUAGUGGGCACCGGGUCCUUGUGUGUACGCCGUUUUUGUCCGGUGUGGGGAAGCCAUUGCCAAGGUGCCCGACUGACGGUACUCACUGGGCGCUGAAGUGUACACACCUUUUUUUUUCAUGAAUAAUUUCGGGUACAGUGAUUCGAAUUUUUCAAGUGACUUUUUUCUACCCUCGUCGGCCUCAUGGCUGCAUAAGGACCCUAAUACAUAUAGAGUGGACAAGCGUGUAGCCUGCGAUCAUGCCAUUAUCUCCAUCUGUUCAUCCCCUCCCGAAAAAAAGACAAUAAAAUAAAUUAAAUAGUAGCGCCUAUUUGCUAGCCUGCGUAGCAGGCGCUUGGAAGUAGUGGGCGCAAGAAAGAGCGAGCACGCGAGAGGGAGACACGCGCGCCCGUUUUUUCUUGGGCCUGCAACGUAGGCUACCUAUUUGCAGGUUUUCAGCGCACAGCAGACGUCUCUUAAUUCUAUUUUUUUUUUAAUGAAAUAUGAUAGAUAGAUAUGAUGCACAGACUAAUGCUGUGUUCACUUUUUACCGGAUAGCUUCACGUGCAGACACAAAAAGCUAUCCGGUAUAGUGUGAACACCUGUCCGAUAUGUGACUUCACUUUAGGGAAAGCGUGGCGCAACAUCGCUGCGUUAUCGUUAUCGUUAUCGUUAUCGUUCUUAUGCGUGAAAAGAAGCCCUAUCUGGUAUGGUUUUCGUGCCGGCGCAAAAGCUAUCCGGCAUAGUGUGAACACCUAUCCGAUAUGUGACUUCACUUUAGGGAAAGCGUGGCGCAGUAUCGCUGCAUUACAGAAAUCGCGCUGAAAUCAUCGUUCUUAUGUGCGAACAGAAGUCCUAUAUGGUAUGGUUUUCGUGCCGGAGCAAAAGCUAUCCGGUAUAGUGCUAACGUAGCCUAACACUUGAGUUGUUCUUUUAUUCGUCUGAAAGUUUCGCCGCUCACAUGAUAAACUGUUCCUUUUCAUCAGCUGUAUGCUAGAGAUCACCCCGGAGUUAUCCUGCUUGAUCCACUGGAGCCAGUUUGUAAUUUGCUUGACAGAACAAGAAGUUACCAGGUCAUGAAAGAAUGUGCAAUUACUUCGGAGAAAGGUAACAUUUAAAUUAGCCUGCAAGCAAGCUCUUCAUUUGGGGGAGACGCGAGAAGUCACGCGAGAACAACACGCAAAAGGAGGCGCUCGCCAUAAUAGACGUCUUUAGCUUGUGUGUUUUGUUUUUCCAAUGUAGGUCAUAUGAUAAAACUCAAGAGAACUGUUUCCUUCAAAUUUCGAAUUAUUCCGGUGCAUAUGCACGCAUAAUUUCUGAAAAGAAAAAGUGUCAAAUGUCCCUGAGACCUCUAUUGGGAAAACAAAACGUACAAGCUAAAGAGGUCUAUUGGAGAGCUUGUUCGUAGCCUCGCACGCUACAUUUGAAUGUAACUGAUUUAAAUCUCCGGCCGUAAAUAUAUUUAAUGCUCAAAACGUUAAAACUACCUUCACUUUGCCGGAUGUAAAUCACUUGUUUUUCGGCUCAAUAUUCUCAGCCCUCUAGGAUGUUGUUUUCAUAUAUCUUCAAGUUUUCAGGGGCACCCAACGACAAUUUUCGGAAAAUUAUCUGUUCGGAAGACGAUUUGAGGUCUAGAAUUUUCGGAUCAUUUUCUGAAAAAUUUCUCGCUUGCCUGCCUCUCCUAAGAUUUUCGAACUUCAAAAAAAUUGUAUAAUUGCCCAUUUUUAAUGGAUUUUUACCCUAAAAAGGUCACCUAGAAUUUUCGGGAGCCUUUUUUCUUCCUGAAAUUUUCGAAAAGGUAAAUUUUGAUCCCUAUAAUUUUCGGAUCACUAUACUUUCAGCUAGGAAAUCCGAACAGAUGGAAAAUUUUUAGGGCAUAAAAAUAAGCCUUUAUCUACCGUUUAAAUACUAAAGUACGUUCAACAAUGCUAUGUUUAUGUGGUUUUGAACUAUAUUCUCGUUGGGUGCCCCUGAGUUUUUAUGUGUUUCCUGACUAAUCGGGAAACUUUAGCUCAAGGGAAUGCGUCAUGAUUUUCUUAAUUUCCUUAGUUUGUUGUCGGUUCUCUUCCCUAAGUUAUUUUUCUUAUGUCUGUUUAUACUUUCCCUCCUGAUUUAUUUUAUUUUAGGGAUAAGGGCGGUGGUGCCUAAUUUUGUACAAAUUGACGUGUUGGAUAUUAAAGAAAAUUUGAUGAAAAUAGAGAAAGCAGGCGUUUCCUUUCCAAUGAGUAAGUUGACGUUACUUCGAUGUUGUAAGUUAUUAUUCUCUUUAUUUACUUCGAUGUUGUAAGUUAUUAUUCUCUUUAUUCUAUAUUCCUGAUAACGAUUAUGACAAAGAUUUAAUGUAAAGGCUCUAGCGCUAUCUAAAUGUGUUUUUUAAAGUAAAUACAAAAGGAGUUCAUGUUAAUAAUUUUAUAGUUCAUUUUAGUUUUUUUUUUCUCCAGUUGUCUUGUCAAAAAAACUUAUAAACGUGCGAUUUUUGGAGCAAUAAAGAGAAUACAGUAAAGUUUUCUUCCCUUGUUGGUCACAUGACAUUCGCGUCCUGUUGUCCACCUACAAACUCCGCAAAACAAACCUUUAGCAUAAAAGAUAGCCUGCGUAGCAUGCGCUAUAAAGCAAUAUUGGCGCAUAAAGGAACGGGGCGCGCAUGGGGGGACACGCCAGGGGAAAGGUAGCUCCCACUCUCCUCGUGUGCCUUACUCGCGCGCCCCGUUCCUUUUUGCGCCCAUAUUAUUUUUUAUGUGCCUGCUACAGAGGCUACAUAGAACACCUUGGUCAGGGAUCGAACAGCUGUAUAAAAUUACUUAGCAGAUAACUAGUGUAAAUGGACCGUGAGGUUCACUCAGGCGCGACAUAGCGGCCGGAAGGACUGAGUGGGGAGCUUUUCGUGGAGAGGUCACCGGACUGGAAAAGAUAACUAACGGACUUUGGACCGGAAGGUCCAACACACCUUCCCACCGGUAGAGGGGCGUUGGUUGACGCCCCUAAAAACGGUUGCCAUGGAGACAAGAAGUCCCAGUAAUCGAAAACCAGUUUUAUAGUAAGCCUUAUUAUCAAUUGGUCUGUACGUUGAUUCACUUUAUACUGCUUAUUUCAGUUUCUAAGCCAGUGAUUGCUGAUGGAUCUGAUGUGUCUCAUAAGGUUAGUCGUAUUCCCUGACUCUAUUUCAGUUCCUUCGGGGUAGUCUCGUUGCCCAGGACUCUUGUCCAGCUCUGAUCUCUGGUCUCUUCUCUCCAGAGGCCACUUGGUGUCAUAGGUAGGCUGGGGAGAGGCAAAAUGAAAUGAAAGCAUGAAGUGGACAAUUUAUCAUAAUCCACCGCCUGUUUUCGUCGUAGGAAUUACAGUAAUACUUCUAUUUGUAAUUACAGCUACGAUUAUUUUAGCUUUUAAGUGGCACAAAAAUCACCGUACAAGAGAUUUGCAACGAAACUUUUGUGUAUUCUUAUUCCGGAAUACGAUCAAUCAAACUAAGCUUUCUCGUACGGAAUCGUUCGCUACGCGGGAUUCUUUGGCUCCUGACUAUUAUUUUUUGUAACAUGGAUGCUUUAUUCGAGCUACUUAUUGUCAUUUCAGAUGGCGGUCAUAUUUAACAAAGAAGGGCUGAAGGAUUUAAUGCCGCCAUGCGUUAUUCAACAGUUUGUCAACCACGACGCAAGACUGUUCAAGGUUGGCCAGUUUUAAAUAUAUCUGACCUACUUAUAAUUUUGUCAUUUCUUAUAUAAGAGUGUUAACUCUUCCAAGGACGAUGAUAUCAUGCCUUCGGUAAUAUUUAAGUUGAACAUUAGACUGGUUUACACUGAGUAUUUUCCGGUGGGGAUAGGAUCCUUUGUAUCGCGAAAAUUGGGUAAAAAUGAGUGUGUGACCGCUUCUUCCCGAGAUACCUUAACUCGCGUUUCUAAGUCACACUAUAAAACAUCCAAUCAGUAGAGUGGUUAUAAAAUUAUCCCGCGUAAAAGAUGUACCGCCGCUGCGUGGCCCACGGAAAACGACAAUCUUGAGUGCGAUCGCCUCUAUUUCGGGAUCUAAAAUACUACAAAUAAUGCCGAUAAUGUAACGCGAGAAAAGUACCAUGGAACAUUGCUUUUCUCACGGUGUGUACAACCACGAUUGUAAAGUAAAUUAGUUUGUUAAAAAAUCAUCUAAUAUUUGAAAUUUUCGUCCACCAUACAGGUUUAUGUGGCAGGCAAUCAUCGCUAUAUUGUUCAACGGCCAUCAAUAAAAAACUUCUACAACACUGGUGGUACGUGUGAAACAUUUUAAUUAGGAAUUAAGAUUAAAAUCAUAAUUCAUAAUAUUGAGAAAAUUAGGAAUUAAAUAAAUUUAUUUCGAAAUUAAUGUAUAAUUCCGAUUCUGAGUAGUUCACUUCUGGCGGGAGAAGUUUGGAAAAUACUAAUUGCAGAGGAAUGAUGGUUUGACUUGUAUUCCUUAUUCUCGUGAGCUUUGACUGAUUUUGAAUCGAUUGAAAAAAGACCAUAAGUUUUAUGUUUCUCAUAAUUACAAAUCCUGCUCUAUUAUUGGUCAGAGCAAGUAUAUUUCCUAUUUCUAUAGCACGCGCCUGACGUCAUCAUGCACUUUCUUUUUCAAAACCAUGACGUCACCAGCAAGAGUAGUAUGUGCGCAAGUCAUGAGAGAAGGAACGAAGAACUUGUUUUUCGUGAACUGUUGAGUUGUAUAGUCCCUUGGCAAUUUGCCUAGAACAAAAGUUGACUUCCGUCUUAAUUUGAUGUCUUUGUCUUGCGUAGUAAUUUUUCCACACAGAAUGCAACGGUUGUCGUAACGCUCAAAUUACGUUAAAAGAUGAUUUGUUGUGUGACAGGACGCUGCAGUCUUUGCUGUUUUUGUUGAGCGACAAAUCGCGCGAUCGCCCUUAUAUACAUCCCUUAAUUUUGUCUAGUUAGUGCACUAUAUAAGUUCAACUCGUGGAGCUUGGGCUACCUGAGCUCAAAUGACACCGUUUAAAAGUCUUUUUCUGUUUGUUUUUACAGCCAAGGAUAGAGAAACAAUAUUCUUUUUAUCGAACGAAAUGUCGAAAUCUUAUUCAGCCUCCUAUCUUCACAAGGUAAGUCUAGUGCAAUUGAAAUGUUUUGUUAACUCUGUUAGAAAAAGGUAGUGAUCAGCGCUUGGUAUGCAUACCUUCUCUAUGCCGUCAUCCUCGUCUUCAUCAAUGUUUUUUUUUGCGUUUAGAUUUUCUUCUUUUCUUUCUCUUUUGCAGACUUUUACUCUAUUAUUUUGUUGUCGAGGCUUAUCUGUCUUUCUUCUCUUUGUUCUUUGUUCACUUGUUUUUUUUCAUCUUCUCUUCUCGUCUGUUCUCUUCCUCUUUUUCCUACUGUAACAUCUUUUCCCAAAUCGUUCUUUCUUCUCUUGUCCUUACUUAGUCAGAUCGAGUUUGGCUAGUAGUACAUCGGCCGACAAUGCGUCCUUCCAGUAGGUAGCAACCAACCUCGUUCCCAUGCAGGAUUCUCUCCUAUUCCCAAUUACGAGUAGAAGAGAACCCUGGGAACGAUGUUACAUGGGUAGCAACAAGUGUACUGGCAGUAGGCUACAGCUCCUGCUGAAUUGCGACCUUUUAACUGGGGGUUAGUAAUUUGCAAUAUAAUCUUUGUACAGAUUGUUGGUUGAGGAAAUAUGAGUAAAACACGGCUCGUGCUUGGGAAUUAGCUCACCCACACGUGGGUUCGGAAAUCUUUUUCUAGCUGAUGGUAGAAUGGAAAAACAACGUGCAAUUGUCUAUCGCCAUUAUUUUCUCAUUGAAUAAACCUUUUAAGUUAAACCUAAAUGCUGUUUAUGUUAGUAAUUGUUAGUUUUUUUUUCCGAAGCGUAACUUUUCAACUUGGUUUGUUUAAUAGUUAGAUGAAGAUGACGAUGAAGACGGCUCUGUAUAUCCUGAUGACAAACUUGUGUCGGACCUUUUAGAUAAACUAGAACGAAAACUGGUAAGGUCACUGAAUUACUUGUGAGCAUACACGUCUUCUUGAAAAAAAUCCAAUGUCUUAAAAAGGUGCGCGAGAUGGUGAAGGUUACAGUGAUACCAGCUUUUCACUAUAACGGAGAAAACGUUUCUACGAGCAAAUGACAAAUUAACGUGCCGUAUUCAUUUUUAGGCCCAGUUUAUAAAUCGCGCUUCUGUCGUACGAACUUAAUUGUUGAAUUAAGUUCGACAAAAGUACGGCAGAGGCACGAUGUCUGAAGAAACGUUUUGACUUUGGUUUGGCAGAGCAAAGUUCGCGGACAAGCUCUGCUGCACGACUGAUGCUACACGACUCUGGCACGGCCGUGCUUGUUAAGUGUGUCGAACUAAAUUCAUAAAUUUUGGAAACUGUAUUUUCUCGGGAUUUGUGAUCAUGAUUUUGUUUCAGUUACCACUGACUUGAUACUACUUACACGGAAAUGGAGUUCGACUCUGGCUCGAAGUCUGAAUUCGUGCGUUUGUCACUCUUCUGUACGUAUAACCCAGUUUCCGUGCGAGUUCGUCGAGAUAGUUGGGACAUGAGCAAAAAAAAAAUGAAUGACCCCCACUCUAACGUUCGCACAAUAACUCGAUUGGAAACGCUUGCAACGCAGGCUAUUCGGCACGGUAUGCAGAAGCAGGAUUUAUGGAACUGUAUUUAGUGUCUAAGAGUGCAAAUGUGAUGGCAUCCAGAUCUGAGAGCAUUUAGUGUCUGGAAAUUAGAGCGUAACAUUUUUUAUUUUUCUUUUUUCUUUUUGAAUCAGAAUUUGACAUUGUUUGGUAUCGACUUGAUCGUUGAAAAAGGAACGGGGCAUCAUCUUGUAGUCGACAUCAAUUAUUUCCCUGGUAAGAGAAAUUUUGGUGUAUUAAAUGCACGGAAAUAAAAGAUAAUAAGGAUCAUCAAUAAUCAAAGAUUUAGAUGAUAAUGGAAAUUUUCUUUAUGUUUUUGAAUGUACAGUUGUAAAUUUCGCUACGUAUAGGCAAUUUACAAAUGCUGCCUGAGACUGUAUUAUUCAAAAAAAAAAAAGGAGAAGAAGAAGAAGAAAAAAUCAAAAUUGCAUUAAGUCUGGGCUAUCCCUAUUCCUAUUUCUACAACAAAAGAUGUAAUAUGUUGCUCUAAUGGCUAUAUUUAUCAUUUUCUUGAUUAUAUAAAGUUGCUGCUUUUUGUUAAUGCCAAUGUCAUUCAUCAUGGCUAAGAACGUGAAGUAUUCGUGGGAGAAAACGCCAAGGGAGCUCAAGGAGAGAUUUACAAAUUUCACACAUCUGUAAUUUCUACUCAUUUCUUUGAUCAACUUCAGAUAUUUUUCUUUUUUAGGCACUGCAUUGUUAUUAAGGUUAGACUUGAAAGCAACUGUUAAUUCUAGAACAUAUAGGCACUUGGACUGGAUAAUAAUAAUAAUAAUAAUAAUAAUAAUAAUAUCAUUAUCAUCAUCAUCACCACCACCCACACCACCACCACCACUACCAUCAUCAUCAUCAUCAUCAUCACCAAUAUCAUCAUCGUUAUCACCAUCAUCAUUAUCAUCAUUAGCAGCGCUUCGAUGUGAAAACUGACUGUUAUUAAUCAUUUAUCUUUGGUUCGAUCUUUAGGUUACGAUGGUGUGCCCUCCGCUCCAGAAAAAAUCACAAAGUAUGUACACGAGUUGCUCGACGAAUCCUUCAAAAGAGAACAACUGGAAGUUCAAAGAGCCUUUUGACCUCUUAGAGGAGGCAUUAUUAAAGCUAAAUCUCGAAAAAUGUCUUCACCAAGCAAAUGAACGAAACAAUAGCCAUGCACCUACAUUGCAUCCAUGUGUGGCUACAACAGGGAGUGUGCAGCAAUAAAACUCCACAUUAGGUUCUUAAGCAGUCAUCUUCUUCCACAGCUUAGCGGCGGAGGUGAAGAUUGCGUCUAAACGUUGUUUGAGGUCAAGAAUUCGCUCACAUGGAAACUCUCGCCUAUUCCACAGUUCCAUACAUUUGGGCGCUUUAAAGUGUAUCAAUCGUCUUUGCUAGGACAAGCUAUACCCUAUUAUUUCUUUAUCGAGUGAUCUUUACCCUUCACUUUUGAGACCUCCAACAGCUAGCAAGAGACAAAACUUUCUAAAUCAACGGUGAAUCUUGUGUUUUCUCUUGAGAGUGACUGAGUUAUCUAUCAGCUUUCUCUCAUAACAGGGCAGUCACCUGGAUUUGCCGCUACCACAACUUUUGAGAAGGCGGAUAAUUUAACAGCGAGGAAGUUCUUUUCUUUAUAAUUUUCCUUUCGUUUCCUAUCAAAGACGCUUGGAGUCAUGCUAAUACAUAUGGAAGCCGAGGGAAACCCCGGCCCGCGGCACUUAGUCAGACUUAGUGGCAGCGCUGUUAAAUUCUUCUCCCUCUUUUUCAAUUUCUAACUUACGUUAGUGUAAAUGUUAAUUAUUUAAUACAAAAUUUAUAUUUGAUAUAAAUAUGGGCGGUUUAUUAAAUAUACAAUUUUGGAGUCAUGAGACAUAAUUUACAUUGUUGGAGAGCAAUGAUCACCUCGUUUCUAUCUUUAAUAAAAGUUAAAAAUUUGUUUUCGUAUUUUUUGCUAUAUAACAUGUUUUUACCUAUUAAAACUAGUUUUUCCUGUGAUGUGUGAUCAUGAGUUUUUUGCGAAGGUUAAUAAAAUUUAUAUCAACCCCAAAUAUAUUUAAGAGUUACUGUUAAGGGGAAAAAGCCCUUGAGUAAGUCGCUGUCAUCUUGGAUUUUGUGGCUUCUCGUUUUUUGAAAAAGCAAGGCAACCGUUUUGUGACUUUUUUUCCAAGGAUUUAUAUUAUCGUGGUUUAUUUAU